AUGACCGUUUUUAGAUCGCUGGCAAAAUGUUGUUUCCAGAGACAAAGCUAUCGCCAACUUUCCAAUAAAAAGCAGUUUAAGGAAGUUGCUAUACCGGUCCCGUGGGGCUAUAUCCGAGGAAAAUGGUGGGGUCCCACUGACAAAAGACCAAUAUUGACUCUUCACGGUUCACAGGAUAAUUGUGGAUCAUUUGAUAGACUAAUACCUCUAUUAAAUACCGACACUGGAUAUCUGGCAAUAGAUCUAUCUGGACAUGGUUAUUCAUCCAGAUUACCCACAGGUGUACCCUAUGACAUUACAACAUAUUUGUCGGCAAUUCACUACACUAAGAAACAUCUAGGAUGGUCACGCCUUACUUUGAUGGUUCAUACCGAUGUUGCGCAUUAUCUUUUGGAAAGAGGUAUUUCUCCGUCUAAAACGCAACCCGGCAAGUACUACUUUACCAGAGAUCCACGCCUAAAAGCAGAACCAUUCACAUAA